CGUAAAUUGAACCCACGCAAGUGAGGGAGGAACGAAUGAAGCGAUUAAUUACGAGUUUUGAAAACAGAAUGACUUUGUGUUAAUAUCAAUCUGUCAUCUCGCACAUAAAAAGACGCGCACACCUAUCAAUUAUUCCAAUUGCCUCAUAACGCAGACAGCGUCGCCAUCGGAAUAAUAUACAUGCGCUUCGGAUAAUAUGGAUUUAGUUGGGGAUAUCUCGUGGAAGCUUUUGUUCGUAUUAUGUAUUUCAGGGUUACAUAGUGGAGAGGCUGGAAAACGUCUAGAUUCUAAAGCCUCUGACGAACAUCAAAAUCCAAGUAAGUUGAAAAAAGGCAUUCGAUUGAAACACUUUAUUAAAAUGUGUAACUGACAGUCUGCCAAUGCGUCGUAUUCAUUCGGGGUUACCAAUAUUUUCUAGCUAACAGUUGUACAACUGUAGAUCAUAGAAUAAUUAUAUACCUAAGUUUCUAAGCAAUGGAGUACAUAUUCCCAUGUUUCUAAUCUAGUUAUCUAGCAAUAAUAAAUCACCUAGUCUGCGCGGCAGAUAUAACUCGGCAGGCACUUCGACUGUUCAUAGUCAAGUCAAUUUUUUCUCCCUGGAGAUGCACACACAAUCCACAUGAAGGCCUAUCGUUAAAUGAUUAUAUCUCUGUUAUUAAAUAAUUAUUUUCUCAGUAUCCCUGCUGUCAUUUGACGGCAUCUGUACUUGUCAUAACUGAAUCAACUUGGCGACUUCUCGGCCGAUCUUGCAGUGAGAGAGUCUAUGACGUAGGCUGCAUUUCAUCCAACUGACUUCCCGGCCUGAAUUUAAUUCUGAUAACAUUACACACAUCAUCAAUAAAGAAUGUUUUGUAUGCAUGCUUGAAACAACUAUCACAGAUUACCAUAAAUAACUGCUAAUAUACUUAGACUUAGUAUAUUCCAUAUUCUAAUCUCAUAUAUAUAAACAAGUACAUCAGAAAAAAUUGUAGACAAAGUACGUUAUAUAUAAUUGUUGUAGUGUGUGGUAAAAUUAACCUUUUCCAUGUUAGUUUCAAGGGGAAAAUCAAUGAUUUGAAUGACAGAAAAAUUGCACACAAAAGUCACAACAAAGUCACAAGAAAUCACACGACAAAAAUUUUAAAAAUCACAAAGAAUAAACAUGGUAAAAGAAUCAUAUGCGAUUUUAUGAUCUCGCGUAUACACUUUUUAGGAGUGAGUUUGCCCAUCGGUCAUUUUAUUAAAACUUAGUAACUUUUUAUUAAUUGUAGAGUAGUUUUUUCGUUAAAAAAGAGUAUCGUAGGCUAUAGCGUACCAGUUACCUCAAUUAUACGUUGUUCUAAACUGUCGUUAAUUCUAAGAUAUGUGCUCUAAGGUGAAAAAUUUUGAGAAAACUGUCCACUAUAUAAAACAAAAUAUAAUCCGAGGAUUAGUUUAAUCCAAGACAAGACAAAAUGACGAGAAUGAUUUGGAUUUUAUUCUGAUAAAAUCAUCAUCAUCGUCUUGACUCAUAUAUUGGGUUUCAAUAUCUUCGGCAUUUCUUACAGUACCAACUUAGACUUAUAACUAAAUCUAAUACAACCGAACAAAGACUGAAAGGAACUGCAAAUGAAGUUAUGUACAAAUAUAACUUUACACGCUUUGUAUCGUAAUAUUCUUACAUCGCCUGGAAAUUAUUUAUAUAGCUGUCAUAGCUAUAGUGGUUAGUCGAGUCAAGUUGAUUGCCGCCUAGUCUCGAGAUAUUCCCAAUUGUCAAUCCUUGUGUUAAUUUGUUAAUUUGUUAAUCAGGUAAUCAUCUGUGAUGACAGCAGUCAAAUAGUUGAAAUAUUGUAAAUUAAAAAAUAAUAAUCAUUAAAUAUGUGGUUGCAAGUAAUUUGAACCAUUAUUACUGGUUGUUGUUGGGAAUAUAUAUAUAGCAAUUCUUAUUCUGUCAUUCAAUUAGGGAAAAACAACGGAUUUUUUCACUUAGCUAGAAGAAAGGUGUGGUAUAUAGGCCUACCGUACACGGGUGCUAUCACUGCUAUGCAUUUUGCGCGCACAUUCCGAUUGUGAAUUGGAUUUCCUGGAAUUUGAAGCAUUUGGAGCUUUAUCUCUUUAUAUAAAAGUGAUGCACUAAUGUUUGUUUUUGUGAGUUUUCACAGAUAUCGAUGUAUUAUGUACAUGUAUUCCAGACUUAAUUAACUUCUCGAUGUAGGCAGCAAACCAUAUACAGCGGAAAUAUUUCCUGGAUUCCUUCAUUCUAAUCUGAUCUGAUUCAUACUGUCAAAAUCAAAGGCCACCAAACAUAUACUCCAGUUGUACAAUUUAGUGUCAGCGUCGAAACGCAUCUGUGUAUAAUUUUUUAAACUAAUUUUAAAAACUAAAAUCCCAAGACAUUUAUAUAAUUUAAAUGUGUAAUUCAAUAAAGUGUAGACAUUUCUUGAUGACAUGAUAUAAUAAUUUUGUAUAAAAACGCCGUAAAUUUUGAAUCAAAAACACUUUUCAAAUUAAAUGGCAGUGAUAUUUGUGAACUUUUUCUCAGACAACCUGACACUCGAACAUUCUAUCUAUAAUCCAGACGUGUUUAUUAUUUUAAAAUGAGUUUGUUGUCUUUAUAUACUUAAAUUCAUCAUAAUAAACGUGUCACUCUGGAGUUUAACCUUGUUGGGACAGCUUAAAAGAAUAUGAUGAAUAUCUGACGAUUUAUUCUGUCAACGAAGGAAAUCAGGAACAGCAAUUGCCGGAUCAUAUGCCAACCUCGUUCCCAGGCUCUUCCCUCUUGUUAAGAACCUGGGAACGAGGUUGAUCAUAUGCAUGCAUGGCCGGAGUAAAAUACAAAGUAAAUAUUACGGACAGAAAUAUUUAUAUAUACUACGAUUCUGUCAUUACUUGUUGUCUUCAUGAAACAGUUGAAAAAAAUCACGAUAUUGCAUGGGCUUAAGAAAGAUAUAAUAUAAGAGGCAGUAAAUAACACGAAGCACAUGCAUGUGUAUUAUAAUUAUGUUCAAACACUCAUUAAUAAUUUAUUGUUAUUUUUUAUUUAUUAGUUUCGCCAUAUUACAAUACACAAAACUAUAACAAGAACAAGAAUAAUAGACAUGACUAUAGGCAUGGUGACCGCAACAGCGUGAGCCAAUUACUGCGGGCCCGAAUUAGGACAUGCAAACAUAAAAAAACUAUCUAAAUAAAACUAUAACUAAUAGCAGCACUUAAGAGGCUGAACCAGAGUUCGAGCGGUAUUACACUUGGUACAUAUAGUUUUGAAUGUUCUUGGAUUUUCAGGAUCGUAGGAAAUUUCCAAAGCAUGGAAGUAAUAACUUAGAAUAGUAGAUUUAAAUGAGUUCAAAUUUAUCAUGUUAAGUUUCAGUUCGUCAGCUAGGCUGUUCCACACCCUGGUUGUUCGAAUUAGAAACGAGCGUUGAUGCGUCGUUGUUUUGCUCCUGGGAAUGACAAACUUAGGUAUGUCCGUGUUUAUAGACGAUCUGGUCGGUCUGGAGCUUCGGGUUUUUGGUACUACAGAAAGUUCUGUUAUUACCAGAUUGUUCACCAUUUUAAAGAAAAAAAAAUCCAAAAACUCAUGCCAGUAACAUAAUGGAAGUAAUGAUAAAGACUGUAAUCGCAAGGUAUAACUGUCUGGACUGGAAAACGGCAGAUUGAGAAUAAAUUUCGUGGCACGUUGAACUUUUUCCAAUCUUGCAAUUAGGUUGAUGGACUGUGGCGAGCAGAUCUGGGUGGCAUAUCCUAAGUGAGGGCGUACUAAUGUUAAAUACAAUGCCCUCCUCACGCUGGUGUUUUGAAUGAACCGUGCGUUCUGUCUGAUGUAACCUAGCAACUUGUUAGCACGGGAAGAUUGUUCUACUACUUGAUGAUUCCAGGUGAGAUCAGUUGACAUCCAGACGCCAAGAUCUCGUUCCGAUUUUGUUAUUUUUAGAGUUUUACCCUUCAUCUUGUAUGUAGUCACCACUGGCUUCGUUUUACGAGUGAUAGACAGCGACCGACAUUUACUUUGAUUGAAGGGGAGACCGGAAGUCGAAGACCAGGAUUCUAAGUUGGAUAAGUCCUGUUGGAGUAAUUUCGUAUCGUUUAUUGAUGCGAUAGACUUAAAUAUUUUCGUAUCAUCUGCGAACAUAGAGACUUGACUGGAUUUGACGAGACCGGGUAGGUCAUGAACAUAUAAGAGGAAUAAUAUGGGACCUAGUAUGGAGUAGGCCACCUCCAAAUCCAAGCUUGCUAAGUUUGGAAAGCAGCAGCUCAUAAUUAACUUUAUCGAAGGCUUUAGACAUGUCUAAAUAGAUCACGUCUAUUUGAUUACCACUAUCCAGUGCUUCGAUAGUUGUUGAAGACUAGUGCUUCGAUAAGGUUGGUUGUACAUGACUUUCCCGUGAAAAACCCAUGUUGACUACUGUGGACUAGCUGGUGGAGAUGGCAUUUAAUGUUGUUAAGUACGCAUCGUUCCAAGACUUUGGACACUAUGGGUAGUAAAGAUAUAGGUCUAUAAUUCUCUGUGUAUCCAGCGUUACCUUUCUUGUGUAUUGGUACAACAUUCGCAAGUUUCCACUCGUCAGGUAAGGUGCCUGUGUUGAGAGAUUUGUUGAAGAGGCAGCACAAGAUGGAGCUAUGACUUCGGCUGUUUCCUUUAGCGGUCUAGCGGGGAUUCCAUCUGAGCCUGUUGCUUUUGUAACAUCCAGCGCUUCAAGGACAGAUUGAAUUUCGUACACAGUUAGAUUUACAUCAGUUAUAUUCGGGGUAUCAUCUGGCUUACAAGCAUAGUGAGGUGAACUGUCACUGGUGAAUACAGAUGUAAAGUACCUGUUGAACAAGUUAACAAUUUCGGCAGGAUUAUCAGCAGUAGUUCUUGACGGCGAGUCCACAAGACCGGAGGCUGUUUUCAUGGAAAUCUUGUUUGGUAUAUUUUGAGACUUGGACUUAUGUUUUAAUACCGACCAGGGGCCAGUUGUAUAAAACUCUUAAUCACUUUUUUAAUCACUAUUUUGUAGUUAAAUAGUGAUUAACUCUCAAAUACGCGCUUCUUAUUGGAUGAAGUUUGCACUUAAUUAUAGUUAACUUUAAUCACUUUUUUAUACAACCAGCCCCAGAAUUGACCAGAAACGCUUUGGAUUGCACUUGUAGUCGGUUAUUAGAGUUCCGAAGAAGUUUUCGCGGCUUUCUCGUAGUAGGCGUUUAAUUAAUUUCGGUGCGCAGUGUCCUGAACUUAUCUCCUAGAUUUAAGUUAAAUGGGGAUUUUUUUAAUUCAUAAGCUUAUUGGCAAAUCAUGUCAACUAUAAUAUGUCACGUGCAGUGGCUUUAAACCUGAUAAAACACUCCUAAUUAGUAUUCUUUAUAUAAAGAAUACUAAUAAGGCAGUAUCUAUUGUAGUCGUGUCCUCAUUAGUAUUCUUUAAUAAGGCAAUAUAUCUAUUGAAUUUGUAGUCGUGUUUGAAGCCGUUUAAUAAACUUGCAGGUCGUGUUUUAUUAGGUCUAAAGCCACUCGCGCUGCGCGCUCGUGGCUUUAAACCUAAUAAAACACUCCUGCUCGUUUAUUAAACAGUACUUUAUAAUUAGCCAAGUAAUUCCACGUGAGUAAUUUAUUGCAAACAGAAAAGGUUUUGAAAACUAAUAUUAAAGUUUAGCAGCAGAAUGUUUUUGUAGACCAAACAUUAGUCAUUGGAGUUAUAAUAAACUCUGAAGACGUCAUUUCAGCUACCGUCUCUCUAUUCUAAUUCAUUGUGUUUGACCCGUAAAUUAUUUUCGAUAUCCAUGCUUAUAGUGAGAUUCACCCAAGAACGUGAUAUUACAGUGAAAAUAUUGAUUAGCACUGCCUUAGGUAUACAUUGAUCUGAGGAUAUUGUUGAUCUGAGGAUAUUGCUGAUCUGAGGAUGAGUCUGAGACUUCCGUUCCUUUCAUUUCUUCUUUGCGCCAUUCUUUGCCUUAUUGCGUAUCCUCUUUUGUCUCCUAAAUCUGAAUUAUGUUUGGUUAUUUUUAGCCUCCUCCACAGGCAACUGUGUAUUUCUGCAACGUUAUUAACUAUAAAAGAUUUAUCAGGAACGUAGAAAAUACAAGGAAAUAGUUCUGAAAUAUGAUAUGAUAUUAAUAAACAAGAAGCGUAAAUUAAAAAGGCCUGGAGCGGAAAAAAAGCGUACAUUUAAAAGGCCUGGAGCGAAAAAAUAGGGAGACGGGAAAGGGGCGGAGCGAGAAAGGCGAAGGAGGAAGGAAAGAGAGAACUCUCCCUUCUCUCGUUUCUCGUUUUACUAGUAUCCCAUUACUUCCUACAUUAUCCAACAGCUUCCUUAUUUUCCGCUCCAGGCCUUUUUAAUAUAGGUUUCUUGUUUAUUAAUACCAUAUCGUAUUUCAGAACUAUUUUCUUGUAUUUUCUACGUUCCUGAUAAAUCUUUUAUAGUUAAUAACGUUGCAGAACUACACAAUUACCUGCGGAGGAGGCUAGAUUAUAUUUUACAUUUUUCUUACAUUGCUCGUCUUUCGCUUCUAAUUGAGAAGUGAGAAAGCGCUUUUAAUUACCAUUGCAAGUACUUGCUCGACCAGUUGUGUAUUCUAGCCAGGGUUUUUUUCGGACUGGUUGUACUGUAUUUCUUAAUUUUCCGACAUACCUAAUCCGCAGUGGCGCAGCAAACUCGAUAAUUGGGGUGGGGGGGGGGCAAUAUUAAUAUAUUCGUGUUCACAGACCUUAAAAACAAUUUAUUUCAAAAGAAAUUAAUGAUGCAGAACACGAAUAUAUGAAUAUUGCCCCCUCCCCCAAUUAUCGAGUUUGCCACGCCACUGCUAAGCGUUUCCCGUGAUUUUAGGAGAUCAUACUAAAGAUGAGUGCACACAAAUGCAAAUGAGAAAACGCAUCGACUUCCUCCGACUUUUUUUCCAGGGACGUGCCGAGCGAUAUCUGGUUAGUGGGGGGGUGUGAACUCCAAAAUUUGGGCCCCGUUCGUUUCUGGCACCCCUCAAAAAGGGGGGGGGAAGGCCGACGUUAUUUUUGCGAAAAUAAAACGUCCCAGAAAUUUUUCCAAACAUUACUUUACUUUAAUAUUGAACACGUUCUGCAAUUCCAGCAUUCCAGGGGACCCUCUGGGGAAGUUGGGCUCCCCUUUUUGACUUUUCUUGGGGGGGGGGGUGUUAUACACUCCUCACACACCCUCAGUAGUUCCGGCUCUGAUUUUUUCGUGUCAGAAGUUUCUGCCGAAGAGACCAAGUUUUUAAAAAUGGGUGAAUUGACCAAUCAGAAUGCCUGAGAACUCUCAAUGAAGCGAGUGCUAGUGAAUAAUGAUCAUAAGAACUCUGAAUUUAAUUGCGUUCCCUUGGUGUUAUAUCUUAUAGCUAUCAUCGAAGGGGAUAUUGUGGUAGACAAAGAUUUAUUAAGAAUGAUCGAACGAAGCAGAGGGAGUCGACAGAAAAGAGUCGCGCGUAAAAAUGCAAAUCUGUGGGACGAUGGUUUGAUUCCCUAUAACAUCUCAACUGACGUAUGUAAGUAUACACGACAUUUAGUGGAUUUUAAAAACUUAUUCGAAUAAUGUAAUUACUGCAGGUAAACUUUAAUGCUUCUGCUUUUCCUAUUUUAUUGCGGCAAUAUUACUGAAAAUUUGCUGAGUCAUUAGUAAUUGAAUGCUUUAUUCAUCUGAGUCAUUUCCCCUAUUUAUUCCUAAGUAUAAAUCCAUAUUUAUUCCGAUCGGGUAUCGAUCUCUCCUGGCGGUCAAGUCGUGUUCAAGAAAAUCACUUUUAUGUCAAACUGCUGCCGAGCGAUUUUGAUUUGAGAAUUUUGACGCUGUUUGGUGAGUCAAUCAACAGUUUAUAGAGUAAUCUAUAUCACAAGUGUGAAAGACUAGAUCUUGAGCAAUAUUGCUUGGUUGCAUGCUUUGCAUCCGUUUCAGAACCAUCCUCAGAAGCUUUGCAUCCGAUUCAGUAACUACCCGACUAAAAAAUUAUAAAAGAAAGUAAAGUGGUUGUUUUUAAACCUUGUUGUUAAUAGUGCAGGUCCAAGACUCCAAGCAUAGAUUAAAGUGUGUGCAACAAUUCAGUACUUAGGUAUACCCGAUCUAAAUCAAUAUGCCACCGAAACAUUAGUAAAUGAAUGCUUUAUUCAGCUGAGUCAUUUCCCCUAUUUAUUCCUAAGUAUAAAUCCACCACAGGACAGAGAUCCUUUAAUUACAGAUAUGAGAGGCGUUAUGGAACACUUUAGAUACCAAUUUAUAAUCUCAAAACCCUCAAAAAAUAGCCUCCUCCGCAGGCAUCUCGCAUCAAUUUGCCUGCAAGAAAAUUUUGCCCGCCAAUCUAAAGGCGAUGCCUGCGGAGGAGACUAGCUCAAAAUAACUUUAUCUAGAUAUUUAUCUUUAACUCUUUUAUCUAGAUAAUAUCUUAGUAUAUAUAUAUAUAUACAUUUCCCGAAACUCUUGGCAACAGGAGGCCGGGGAGGGGACUUCUUUCUCGAUAUUUCCGAUCCAGUUUUCCUUGUUCUUUUAGGUAGAAUUUUCACUUUUAAAGAAGAAAAACAAUUUUCUGAUUUCCCACCUCUAGCGCUGCCCCUGACUGCAUAGAACGAACUGAUAAUUUUAAAUGAUAUAAUAAUUGCCAGCUAGCAUGUGCCUUCGUACAUGCACAUAUUGAAACGGCUAUAAUGAAGUUUUAACAGUAUAGUAUAAAAAGAUAAUACUGAAAAUGCAUUUUGAGUGGGAUAGUGAUUUUCAACUGAGUUUUCUGGUUACAUGCGCCCCGCCAAUUCAGUUUGAAGUUUUAAACUCAGUUCACAUGAAGACAGCCCCCAAGACCAAGUCGGAGGUGUUUGGGAUACUUUCCGCUACUAACUGAGUCGGGCUACCACUAAAUGGUUAAACACUAGAAUUUCAUCUCGAAUCUCGUAUAUCUUUUAUUUAUUUAUUUUUAUUUAUUUAAAUAUUCAUAUUUUUAUUCAUAUAGCUGUCAAUUUUCGCAAAGUAGUAAGACGAGCGUUCAGAAAUCUGGCUGCAAAAACAUGCAUUCGCUUUAUUCCGAAACGGACGACGGACAAAUAUUACAUUCACUUUAAGCAAGGCAAAGGGUAAGUUGUUAAAAUCAUUAUCUAUCAACUUUUCAUCCGUUUCUUUUCCAUUAACCAACAAUCUCACUGAGCUGGCAUGUAGUGGAUCGAGUUUGUGAGUGAGUGGGUGGAUUGAUUGUGCUUACUUCGGUCCUUCACACCCAUUUGCCAUUUAUUUCAAUUGCCACACAAUUUAAUUAAUGUUUAUUUAAAUAUAGGAUUAAUAAGACGCAACAUCCAUAUCUAAAACUAUGUAACCUAAACGAUAAGCAAAGGAAACAACAGCUUUGCUCCUGGCAAUAGCUACCAAGUGUCAUAAAAUGCCAUUGUAAUUCUUGUGGCUUGGUUCCACGGGGAAGGUCGGCUCGGGCGUGAGAUUCAAUGCAUAUAUGUCCAUAACGGUGAGGGUCCUUACUCUCACCCUGAAGUUGUUUCUCCUGUUUUUCUGGGGGCUCUUACCUCCAAGAAACAGCACGUUCCGUCACCCAAUUUGGCAACAAAGCAUUUAUUAAGGAGCAACUACUUUUAACAUUUCUAUCUUAUCUUUACUAUCAAAGAACAACAUAGGGUCAGAGCAAUCUAGUAUAGCAAAGUCAAAAUUAGAAGUUUGGGAAUCUCUUAUACAUGCUUGGCUAUUACAUUAUCGAAGCUCAAUAUUAAUUCUAAGUUGAUUUUAUUUAGUAUAUGUAUUAUUGAGCCUAUACUAACAAAUCCCUGUUGCAAAUUCUUUGCUGGCAACUCUCUUGAUUUUUGUGAUAUUACAUAUGACAAUCUGCCUACACGUCAGUACGUACAUCACAUGCAGUGAGAGCUUCUAAAUAGCUUAUUUUACUAUUAUAUAGACAGAUAAUUCAUUUUACUGUAGUUGUUAUGUCACGUCUGUCCAAGUGGGGGAGGAAAAAAUUACUGGGGCUGGCAGAAAAUUUGCCAGAUGUUGAUGGAAAUUGCCUGAUCACUACAUUUGUUUUAUGCCUAUGCCGACAAAAAGAACAUGCAAAUCGCUUAUACCUAGAAUGUAGUGGUUUGUCAUUUUACACUUGCAGAACGGUUUGCAACAUAAUACAGUCGUGUCGUCACAUGAAUCGUCAUGUUUUUAUUUAUAGAUGUUAUUCCUCAGUGGGAAGACAAGAUGGCGGUCAGGUUAUAUCACUUGGUACAACAUGCGAGACUCGGUACCGGGCCCUACACGAAAUCAUGCAUGCGCUCGGUUUUCUACAUGAACACUCGAGGCCAGAUCGUGAUCAAUAUAUAAAGAUACUCCACUGGAACAUAGAAGAUGGUAAGUUACCAUCUUAACAAUUGAUGUUUACGACGUUUAACACGUAGUUGGGGACGGACCAUUAGAUAAGUGAUCAUGAUGGGGAGAGGGGAAAAUAAAAUUCGCGCAAGGAUUUAAAAAAGAAAGAAAUAAUUCGUGGAAAGUCCAUUAAAAUUUCGCAGAAAAUUCUUGCACAAGCGAAAAAGCACAAAAUUCCCCUACCCCCGUCCAUUUUCUAAUUGUCUGUCCCUUCCAUUUACCACAACAAUUCAUGCAUUUAGCACUCUGUUUUAUCUCUCUACAUUCCCAUACACCAUUCAGUUAAAGUUUUAGCCCGGACCAUGCAUAUAAUCAGUUGCGAACUUUUUUAGAUGAUACUACAUGUCAACUACCUCCGUACAAGAGCUCAAAUUAAGUGUCGACGUUCUUUUUAAAUUUCUAGAUAGUUGUGUCAUCUACAAAAGUUCGCAGGUUACUUUCUUCAUUACCUACAAUGACACCCACCGUUCGACAUUUUAAAUGUCGAUAAUCAGCUCCCUAUUAUAUAUGAUGUACAUUUUUUCGUCAUGACUGACAUAUUUUUUACCCAUAUAGUUUUUGUUCUUUUCAGGUGAAGAAAAUAAUUUUAACUCGUACUCUCACAAAGAUGUGGACACUCUAUCGGAACCUUACGAUUUCAACAGUAUAUUACACUAUGAUAACAAAGCUUUCUCAAAGAAUGGUCAAAAUACAAUCCAAGCAUUGAAUAACUCUGAUCUUACAUUCGGCCACGCAAAACGUCUCAGUCCAGGUGAUGUGCGACAAGUACGAAAAUUGUAUAAGUGCGACAGAAGAAGAGCCAAACUGAAUGGUAAUUCAACUUAUUAAUAUUAAGUUCAUUUUCGUUUUCAACAAUUAUCAUUUAAUAAGUCCUUGCCAACCGUGAUUAGCCUAUAUCGUUAUUGACAGAAUUUACUAAAUUGCGAUUAAGGUUACAGGACCUCUUUAGUGCGGCUCUCUGUGGAGGAGAAUCGUAACUGUGCACAGUAUGAUAAAAAUGCUUGUUGUUGGUGGUGGUGUUGUUAUCGUAGAAGAUUUUGUUGUUGUUGCGCAAGUUAUGUCUGCAUUCAAUAUAUUAUUACAUUACAGUUAUGAUAUGUUUAUCUUGCAGGUAGUAACCAAAACUACAUUUGCAGGAACAAAAUUGCGGGAUGUAAACCUUACGCAGAACAGGGUGAUGCCUGUGAAAGUAAUUAUGAAUUCAUGAACACCUUUUGUCAACAGUCCUGUGGAUUUUGUGGUAUGUUAAUGUUCUAUGUUUUGUAACUCUAUAUAUAGUAUAUACUGUCUAGGAGUUAAGCCUGGUUUCCGUCAGAGUAGUGUUCGCGACCAAAUGGAAACAUGAAGAAAUUAGUCUUCUCCGCGACACACUAGCAAAAGUUCGGCAACAGUUACAACAUUUACAACAGUGUUGUCGAGAUUUCCAACAGUGUUGUCGCUCGAGUUCUAUCUCGAUGACAGUUGCGACAGGCUAAAAACGUGUCGUGACGCUUAUGUUUUAAUGGAAACAGAAAAACGAGAGCGUGGCAACAGACUGCGUCAAUCAGGGGAAGGAGCAAAGUUUCCCCUUGGGGGGGGGGGGGGCUGUGUUUGUCUUUUUAAAACUGCCGCCAGCUGCAUGUACGAAAUGAACUUGCAACAGUGUCACGACAUAACCACCAUAUGGAAGGCAAGCAUAAAAAUCAUUCACGACUGACAAACACUUCACGACACGCAUUGCCAGAAAUUGGCGACAAAAUGGCCACUGCAGCUUGUAUACUAAUUGCAUAUAAUCUAUAUACAAUGGCUUUCAGUUUUUACUGGGACUAUAUACAGGGCGGAAAUAUCUAACUCUAAAUUAUUGCAAUCUGAAAGCUUGGCUACUGUUUUCCGACCUCUUGAGUCUUGAUCAAUAAAGCAUUCAUUUACUAAUGUUUCGGUGGCAUAUUUAUUCCGAUCGGGUAUCGAUCUCUCCUGGCGGUCAAGUCGUGUUCAAGAAAAUCACUUUUAUGUCAAACUGCUGCCGAGCGAUUUUGAUUUGAGAAUUUUGACGCUGUUUGGUGAGUCAAUCAACAGUUUAUAGAGUAAUCUAUAUCACAAGUGUGAAAGACUAGAUCUUGAGCAAUAUUGCUUGGUUGCAUGCUUUGCAUCCGUUUCAGAACCAUCCUCAGAAGCUUUGCAUCCGAUUCAGUAACUACCCGACUAAAAAAUUAUAAAAGAAAGUAAAGUGGUUGUUUUUAAACCUUGUUGUUAAUAGUGCAGGUCCAAGACUCCAAGCAUAGAUUAAAGUGUGUGCAACAAUUCAGUACUUAGGUAUACCCGAUCUAAAUCAAUAUGCCACCGAAACAUUAGUAAAUGAAUGCUUUAUUCAUCACGAGGUCGGCAAACAGUAGCCGAGCUCUCAGAUUGCCAUAAUUUCGAGCUAAAUAUUUUCGCCCUUUAUACAGUAUUCCCUAUUAAAAAUUGAAAGCCAUCGUAUCGUAGCCUAUAUGGUUGUAUGCAAAUUAGUUUACAAGUGGUAGCCAUUUUGUCGUUAAUUCCUGGUAAUGCAUGGUUGGCGACACGUUCGCGACAGUUACGACCAUAUGGAAACCAGGCUUUACUAUCGCAUGGAAAGUGCUCUAGGCUUGGGCGGUUUACCGGUUUUUCGUUUUUUUUCGGUUUUAUUUUCAAACCGUUUUUUUCGGUUUUAUUUUCAAACCGGUUUUUUCGGUUUAGCUUUUACAAAAACCGGAAAACCGUCAUUACAUAAUUGUUUACUGUCAUCGCCUGAAACUCGAUCUUAAUACUCAAAACAUGACACUAGAUACAAAUUCAUUUCUUUUCCGCAAAGUCGGUAAGAACUAAAGAGGUACAAGUUUUCAAAUGCGUUCUUGACCCUUUUAUUUUAAAACUGAAGUUGUUUUAGGUUACCUUUGCAGAAUGUUGCGUUUUGUCAUGGACUGUUCGUUUGCUUAUGUCAAAGAAAUACCACAAUUCUUCCUCAUUCAGUUGAAAUAAAAAUUAAAUGGAAAAAAACGGUUUUCCGGUUUUACCGGUUUAGAAUCAGACGGUUUUUCGGUUUUGAUUUCAAGCAAAACCGCCCAAGCCUAAAGUGCUCCUCAAACUUGACGUUUUCAAAACAAAUUGGGAAGAGCCUGGACACACAUUGGGCUAUUUCGUAUCGUUUAAAACGCUGAUAAUUAUGAAGCUGCACUGCUCUUCACUUUGAAAAAAUAAACAGAAAUGCAUUUUGCUUGUGCUGCUCUUGAAAAGAAUACAAUUUCGUCCUGCAGAGAGACCUGAUAGCCAGUAACUGGACCAAAUCAGGAAUCUUUGCGUUUAUUACAUCCGCUAAUUGGAACAGACCGGGACAUCCAUACGAACACUCAUAAAAAUCGACCGACCCAAAACAUAUAUAUAUAUAUAUAUAUAUAUAUAUAUAUAUAUAUAUAUAUAUAUAUAUAUAUAUAUAUAUAUAUAUAUAUAUAUAUAUAUAUAUAUAUAUAUAUAUAUAUAUAUAUAUAUAUAUAUAUAUAUAUAUAGUUCGCGCGGAAAGACUAGGCCAAGUAAACUCUGGAGAAGUUAUCAGUGUCAGGAAUAUGGUGUUUCAGUGCGCUCGGCAGCAAUAAGUGGGUUGGCUUCAACAAUCACUGUACACCGGUGCCAGCACAUAGUGAUUAUUAACUUUAAAACUGCUAUAACCACGGAACGAUUAAUGAAACUUUGCUAAAUUUAUUCAUAAUACUAUUUCUAGUAUUUAGUAUAUUGAAUCUAUAGGGAUGUUAGCUAAUUGAAAGCACAAAAGAAUUAGGUCUAUCCGUGGAUUACGUAGGAGUAAGGAUGUAAAUGAAUGCUGUUUAUCGGAUUAAAAAUAAGUAAAAUUUCUUCAGUUGCAAGUAACUGAAGAAAUUUCGGCCUAUAGUACCUAAACGGUCAAAACAUGGAAUUAUAGAGACUGAGGAUACCCCGGUUUAACUUAUACGGGUACUUCUCGAGGUGGUCUAGUUUAGAUCGAUCUCGAAGCGAUCUCAUGCAGCUCUCUUUUUGCUUUCCACAUGCACCUGGCCUGAAACGUUGCCCAGAUUGUAUACUAUACCUAUACACAGUUAAAACUCACUUUAUCCCAGUUAGACUAUAAUGAAUCACGAUUCAAGAUGGCGUCGUUAUUGAUGAAAAUUAUAAUUACGGAAUUGUUUUCCUUUUUGUAUAGGUAAUGGUUAAGACGUGUCCGAAAGUAAAGAAACAAAAAAAAACAACGACAGCUUGAGUUUAAUCGCCAUUAUGUUUAAUUAUAAGAUUAUAAUAUUGUGAAAACGGUAGAUUUGACAAAUAAACCAACUGAUAAAAUUCAGUUCAAUCUGGGACUGGUAGAUGGGCAUACAAAGAUUUACUUGCUCAAUUAUCUUUCAUGUUUUACAAAUGACGACAUAUUGUGCAACCUUGACGUCUUAUCACGAAAAAAUUACAUGCGCAGUCACAAAACACAUACCAUGGCAUGGCAGGCUCAUGAAUAACUAAGAUCAAAUAAAUAUAAUUUCGUUGAUGUUGGUCACAUUAAAAAACUGUUAAUCCUACCGGUCUCAUAACUCGCUAGUUGCAAGAAAAGACUUGUUGUACAUAUAUUCCAUGCCCAUAUAUUAGCAAAUAUUUAUGUUCAAUGUAUUAUAUUAUUUCCCAGGACCUGCCGUACUUGUAAUUAUUUAUUAUCAAAGUGUUAAAUAUAUAUUAAAUAAAUGUUCUUAUUAAUUAUAUUAUAUAUAAAUAUAUAUAACUAGAUAUAUAUAGAUCCACUAUAACAAAUGGGACCCUGCAUCUGUUCGCUUAUUGUUUUAAUAUAAAGAAAUCUGUUCAUUUUGAUAAUAAUCUAACACGUGUAUAUAUCUAAUAUAAACUAUAUCUGAAUUGUUUGAAUCGAACACUAAAAUAGUUAAUUAAUUAUGUAACUUGCAUGCUUUUAUGAUCCCCCAUUAAAAAUGUGUUAUUUUUAAAAAUAAUUCGUGUUUGAAGACUAUAUAUAUAGAGUACCAGUAGAAUAACAAAAUAUAGUCUCUGUGUGUGUGUCCACACCACGGGAAAGCUGAAAAGUCUUCGGUGAGAAUCGAACCCGUGACCUUUAUAUGUUUGCUACAGUCCAAUGUAUACCAACUGAGCUACGAGAUCAAGUCGGUUCAAGUGAGUAAUAUUUCGGAACUCAGUCCAGUUCCUUCGAUAUCAGUGUGCUUUUACGAUCUUGAAUUUUUUCUGGUGUGUAAUAUGCACUCAGGUGAAAAUAGAUGUUUGUGAUGUUGCUCUGAGUGUAUCCAUACCGAACAAGCUGAAAAGUUUGCUUGACCACGCUGGGAAUCGAAACUGUGACUUCUGGUUUGCCAGUCCAAUGCUCUACCAACUGAGCUACAAGGUCGCUGGUUGCGGGUUCGAUUCACAUCGAAAACAUAUACCGCCAAAAUCAUUAACAGUCGCUAUUUAAUUAAUGGCUUGCAAGAUAGAUAGGGAUUAUUCAUUACACGGGGGUGGGCCUUAAAAUCGGGCGCGUGGCUUUGCAGGUAUAAAUUUGGACAAGAAUUUAGAUUUAAAACACGUUUAUUUCUUCCAAAUGUUUACAAAGUUAUGUUUCUUAUUUAUAUUAUCACUUGUUUGAGAUGUUUCACCAUCUAAGAUACUGGAUGAUAUCUGGAGAUAUUGUACGAUAUCCUAAGAUAUUGUAUGAUAUCCUAAGACAUUGUAUGAUAUCCUAAGAUACUGCAUGAUAUCCCAAGAUAUUGUAUGAUAUCCUAAGAUACUGUAUGAUAUCCUGACAUAUUGUAUGAUAUGAUAUCCCAAGAUACUAAAUGAUAUCCUAAGAUAUUGAUAUCCAAACCUAUUGUAUGAUAUAUAUAGGUUAUCAUAUAAGGGAUGAGGUGAUAUCAGUUUUAUCGCUCGAGGGAUGAUAUCACAAUUGUCACGAGCGAGCGCAGCGAGCGACGGACAAUUGUGAUAUCGUCCCGAGAGCGAUAAAACUGAUAUCACCGAAUCCCGAGUACGAUAACCUAUUUAUUAUAUACUUGUACCUUUAUCAGGGUUUGACACCCAAAAGUAAACAGUUUUGAUUUUUGAAAAAAUAGGAUCAUUUUAGAAUUCAAAACAAUUCAUCAUUUACUGAACAAAUAUGAUUUUAGAAGAUAAAUAGACCAUUCAUAUAAAUAAUAUACAAUUUAACUCUUUCAUUUUGUAUUAUCGUUCUUGUUUUCUUCGAUAAACUCUCGACAUCAACCAACACGAACCUCGAAUCGGCCAUCUUUGUUUUGACAAGUCGCGAAAUUUAGCGGGACAAAAAACGAUAUCCGGGACAAAAAACGAUAUCCGGGACAAAAAACGAUAUCCGGGACGAUAUCGUUUUUAUGUCCCGCUGCUUCCUAUCUGAUAAAGGUACAAGUAUGUGAUAAACUAAGAUAUUGUAUGAUAUCCUAAGAUACUGUAUGAUAUCCUCAGAUUCUACAUGAUAUCCCAAGAUAUUUUAUGAUAUUCUAAGAUACUGCAUUAUAUCAUAAGAUAUAGAUAUCCUAAGAUAUUGAUAUCCUAAGAUACUGUAUGGCAUCUUAAUUAAGAUUUUUUGAGAUCCUAAGAUAUUGUAUGAUAUUCGGAGCCAAACUCGACAGGCUUGGAGCCACUCUAAAUAGCUCGGAGCCAAGUUCUCAAUAGCGCGAAGCCACUCUAAAUAGCUCAUAGUCAUGACUAUAGUCUUAAUGGUCACGAUUGUAGUCUUAUAAUGGUCAUGACUAUAGUCAAAAUGGUCACGACUAUAGUCUUAAUGUAUGUCAUGAUCAUAGUCUUAAUGGUCAUGACUAUAGUCUUAAUAGUCAUGACUAUAGUCUUAAUAACCAUGACUAUAGUCUUAAUAAUCAUGACUAUAGUCUUAAUAAUCAUGACUAUAGUCUUAAUAAUCAUGACUAUAUAUAGUCUCAUGGUUAUGCCUAUAGUCUUAAUAGUCAUGACUAUAGUCUUAAUGGUCAC